AAAAUGCAUUCAUGAGAAUAUAAUUAAGUGUCUCGCUGUCCUCAAUUGAACACACCAAUGUUGUGAGGUGAUACCUCAGGGUAGGUCACUCAUGAUAGGGAACCAUGCCUCCACUCGGUCACUCAUGAAAGGGAACCAUGCCUCCACUCCAAACUUCACUAUAAAUAGGGACAUUAUGUUAUUAUAUUGUACCAAAGCAAGAAUCAUAAUCAUACCUUGAGUAAACAAAUAGCUAGUAAGAAGUUUUUGAGAGCAAUGGCAGGAGUGAAAUCAUCAGUGAGGUCUCAAGUUGCAGUGCUACUCCUAUUGGUGGUGGUGCUAGGGACCAAAACUGAGAUGAGUGAGGCACAGAAUAGCUGCACCAACCAGCUGACCAACCUCAAUGUCUGUGCACCCUUUGUGGUUCCUGGUGCAUCCAACACCAAACCAAGUGCUGAUUGCUGUGGUGCACUCUCAGCUGUGAACCAUGAGUGCCUCUGCAGCACCCUCAGGAUCGCUUCUCAGCUUCCUUCUCAGUGCCAGCUCCCACCUCUUGCUUGCGGUAAUGUGUUACUCAGUUCUAACUUGUACUAAUCUCUAUAUGGCAUUGUUCACUCAGUUUAUUUUUUG